GACACCCGAACUCUUUACAGCACCCUGGCCCUGCUGCUGCUACUCCGCUCAGCAGCAAUGCAUGAUGAUGGCUGGUCCAUGAAGGUUCCAGCGGAGGUCCGGGCUAUAGAGGGCUACCCGGUGGUGCUGCCCUGCUCCUUCACACACCCUCACAACACCCAUCACUCUUCCAUGCACGUGGUGUGGCGACUGGGUCACAGCCACACAGGCACAGUGCUGUUCCGCUGCUCGAGCCUCAACGGCAGCCAGUACUGCCAUCCUGGACCGAACCAGGACCAGCGCUACCGCCUGGAGGGAAACCACCGGGAACAUGACCUGUCACUGCGCAUUAACAGCGCAGCCCUGCAGGACAAUGGCCGGUACUACUGUCGUGUGGAGCUACCAGGACAACCGCAUGGCAGCUAUGAGAAUAAAAUGGGGACGCGGCUAAGAGUGGAAGCUCCUCCACGUAUCCUCAGCUUGUCCAUAGAAGGCAGCAUGGACACUGGUCUCAAAGCUCGGUGUAAGGUUCAGGGUUCACCCCUGGCAGACGUCCAGUGGAUGGGUCCAGAUGACGUUUUUGAAGGGGAUAUUGGAUUCCCAAUCCCUCAGGAGGCUCCAAGUCAGCACUGGGUCACGAUCCAUCUGCUGGACGUCCAGCCAGGGGGGCAAUACACCUGUACUGCUUCAAACCCUCUUGGUAAAGAUCAGGCCCUGGUGUAUAUUCUACCCCCAAGCCCAGAGAAGACCAUCAGCAAGAGCAACUCUACAGCCCUGCCACUGAUGCUCGGGUUAGCAUUAGCAGCUAAAGUGCUACUAGCCUUGGGUCUUGGAGCCUGGAUAGUUAACCCAUUAAACUCAAAGGAACCACCAGAAGCACCAGAUUUUCCUUCUUCACUCUCAUAACCAUAUGACUUGCAUACAGAGAUGGGUAUAGUACACUGUAAACUGCGAACAUAACUUUGAGAAAGGUGGGAACAACUCACUUCAGCAAAUUAGUUAAUUAAUAUCAAGCAAAGUCUACAAAUUGAUUCUAACUUUAGUAAAAUGAUCAUUCUAAGUUAAAGAAGUACAGGGUAAUUCAAACCAAUCACAAUCCAAUUGAAAGAGGGGGUCAUAGAGUUUCUGACUGUCACUGAAAUAUGGCUCCCUUCAGUCUGUGAGGAGACCCCAGUGACCCCUGAGCAGAAACCGUUCUGCGUUCUGCGUUCCACUUCAAUAAGACUGAAUCCAUCAUAAAUGCAGCGUGAUAUUUGGUUAGCAGCUCAGAGUGUUCAUUGUUGCAUGACACUGGAUGAUCUCCGAAGUUGCACUGAAAGAGCUGUGAGUGCAGCGACACCUGACAUGCUCAAUCGAGUAUGGAAUAAAUUUGACUAUGGCGGAAGGUUCAUA